CGCGAGCGGGCGGCGGCGCUCUUUACGGCAAUAGCGUCAGUGCGUGGCGCUCGAGCUUGGCCGCAAUUUACACGUGGCUGUGGGACGUGGGUUGCUGCUGCUGCCUCUACAGUCACUGCCGGCACUGUCCUUGUCGCUAGCAGAAUGAAGCGACCGAAGUUAAAGAAAGCAAGUAAACGCAUGACCUGCCAUAAGCGGUAUAAAAUCCAAAAAAAGGUUCGAGAGCACCAUCGAAAAUUGAGGAAGGAGGCUAAAAAACGGGGUCGCAAAAAGCCUAGAAAAGACCCAGGAAUUCCAAACAGUGCUCCCUUUAAAGAGGCUCUUCUUCGGGAAGCUGAGCUAAGGAAACAACGACUUGAAGAACUAAAACAGCAGCAGAGACUUGACAGGCAGAAGGAACAGGAAAAGAAAAGAAAACUUGAAACUAAUCCUGGUGUUAAGCCAUCUAACUUGGAACCUGUGAAAGAGGAAUUCGGGCAGGGCAAAGCUAAGGACAAACCCAAGUCCGGCAAACAAAAUCCGAAGAAGUUGUAUUGUCAGGAACUUAAAAAGGUGAUUGAAGCCUCAGAUGUUGUGCUGGAGGUGUUGGAUGCCAGAGAUCCUCUUGGUUGCAGGUGUCCCCAGGUAGAAGAGGCCAUUAUCCAGGGUGGACAGAAGAAGCUGGUACUUAUAUUAAAUAAAUCAGAUUUGGUACCAAAGGAGAAUUUGGAGAACUGGUUAAAUUAUUUGAAGAAGGAAUUACCAACAGUGGUGUUCAGAGCCUCAACAAAUCUGAAGGACAAGGGCAAGAUAGUCAAGCAUUUGAAGGUAAGGAAGAGAGCUCCAUUCCAAAGCGAAGUCUGUGUUGGAAAAGAUGGCCUUUGGAAGCUUCUCAGAGGUUUUCAGGAAGCUUAUGGCAAAGCCAUUCAGGUCGGAGUAAUUGGUUUCCCAAACGUGGGGAAAAGCAGCAUCAUCAAUAGCUUAAAACAAGAACGGAUAUGUAAUGUUGGUGUAUCCAUGGGGCUUACAAGGUGCAUGCAGAUUGUCAGCCUGGACAAACAAAUCACCGUCCUAGACAGUCCAAGUUUCAUCGUGUCUCCACUGAAUUCUGCCAGCGCACUUGCUCUGCGAAGUCCAGCAAGUAUUGAAGUGGUGAAACCAGUGGAGGCUGCUAGCGCCAUAUUGUCCCAGGCCGAUGCUCGACAGGUGGUACUGAAAUUUACUGUUCCAGAUUUUAAGAAUCCUCUGGAAUUUUUUACAUCCCUUGCUCAGAGAAGAGGACUGCACCGAAAAGGUGGAAGCCCAAAUUUAGAAGGUGCUGCCAAACUGAUGUGGUCAGAGUGGACAGGUGCCUCCUUGGCUUACUAUUGCCAUCCCCCUACAUCCUGGACUCCUUCUCCACAUAUUAAUGAGGGCGUUGCGACCAACAUGAUACAGGGCCUUAAUCUGGAAGAACUGGAAAAGAACAAUGCACACAGCAUACGUACUAUCAGGGGUCCUCGUUUAGCCAGUAGCAUCCUUUUCCAGUCUUCGGGUCUGACAAAUGGAGUAAUUGAGGAAAAGGACAUACCCGAAGAACUGCCAAAACAGAAAGAGAAGCAGCAGCAGGAGGAGGGGGAGGACUACAGUGACCAGGAAAGUGUUGAAGAAGCUGCUGAAAAGAGCUCAGACAUGGGUGGGGCAGAAGAGGACUGGGAGGCACUGCCUGAAGAGUCUCAAGCAGAUGAGUCAGCACUAUCUUACAUCUCAGAUAAAAUGACUGAAGAGGAAGAUGAUGCUUAUGACUUCAGUACAGACUAUGUAUAAUAGUCCUUUCAUAAGGUGGCUUCUUAGCAUUUUGAACAGACUGCUAAGCUGUUAUAUUGUGUGUGAUGGACCAGUUUGUUGUACAGUAUGAUGUAAACUGUAAAUUUUGUAAAUAUGUAUAUUUUUUAAAAUAUGGCAAUUAAAAAAGUGUCUUAAGUUCUAUAAGAAGAGAAUUCCCCUCUUAUACAGUGAGUGAAUAGAAGCAUAAUUAAUUAUCUGGAAGCAAAAAAUCAAGAUACCUAUUGAAAAAUGUAGGUUUCACUUUAUUAACAGCUCAGACCACAGGUUAAGGUUACAAAAUUAAAACCAAGCAGCAGUGUUGAAUUAGCUGUACCAUCCCUGUCAGUCCAGUCACCUCUGGUCAUUCAGCAUGGUAGUAAGCAAACACUUGGUAAGGCAGAUGGGAGGCAUUUAUUGUCUGUUAGCCAGGGUAGUCUGUCCUCUUUACCCAGCUGAAAUGUUCUUUUUUACAUGGGUUGCCGCAGAUUGGCUUGGAAGCCUUACAACUGUUACUUCCCACACAUACUGUAUUCCAGGAUUUCCUGAGAAAUGCUUAUAGCAUAAAUUACAUUUUAUUUUGUAUUUGAGAUCUCCAUAUGUCUUCGGAUCAGGCUGAACUUGCCUGUUGGGUCUGGAAUAUACCAUUUUUCCCAGACAUCAGAAUAGGAAGCAGUUCUUCCCCAUGGCUUAAAGUGACCAUUCCAAUGGAGUAACUUGGCAGCCUUUACAAACUGGGGUGAAUAUCGUUUUCCAGCACUGGAACCUUACAUUGAGAGAAAAAGAGCCAAAUGAUUGUACUAGUAUUAGUUAGAAAUAAGAAUGCUACAUCAAACUGGAGAAAACUUAAAGGAAACUAGAUAUAUCCCGUCCCUGAGAAUAGUCCUUCAAUUAAUUCCUUACUAGCUUAGGCCUUUUGGUGGAUUUUUUCGACUUACCAAGGUGGCGGACGUUCCACAUGGGGUCGAUGGUAGAGUGCUGUUGAUAAAAUACAAUCAGCAGAGGAGGUGUGGUGGUGCUGCCAGCCAGCGUUCUGCUGUACAGCCCCUCUCUUGGGAGAGAGAACCAAUGGAAGGUGUUAGUGGAGAAUCCCGACAAAUUAGUCUUAAGACGUCCCCAGAGUUGAAAUAAGGGUUUUCACAGGGUGGCCAGCUAUAUACUUACUCUACAUUGAGUUUCAUCCAUUUUUCCAGCUGGUUGGUUAUAUUCUGUUUUUUCCAUUCUGUCAGGUUUGCAACAAAAACUCCAGGAUUAAAUGAGCAGGUGCUGGCUUUCAUGGAAAGUUUACGAAUUCUUUCCUUUUUAUAGUCAAGAUAGCCGAUGUAAUUAUACUAAAACACAGAUGGGAUAUAUAGUAUGUUUACUGCUUCAAACAGAAUAGAUAUAUAACCAAUAGUAAAGAAAAAAACCUGCUUAUUUAACUACUUGGAUUAUCAGCAGAGGGUUCCGUGUAAAGGAAAUAAAGUUGACAUCUCAGAUUCCAAGUUAGAAUAGGAACCUAGAAUAAAUAUACUAAGCCAGAUAUUCAAGGAGAAUUAGGUAGUCAUGUUCACUGACCAAGCCAUAAGAAAGCAACCUUGAGUUCUGGGAUGAACUGAGGAAUGUAAAACCGCAAAAAAGAAAGCUCCCUGAUUUUGCCGCUUUCCUCCUAUUACCCUGCGUUAUAGAGCAUGGAAGUGUCUGAACAAGAUACCCAAUAAGUAACUCACUUGGUUCCCUGCUCCACGGAUGACAACUUUGGUAGAGGCUGAGUCGCAAUCUUCUGAAAAUGCAGCUGCAUGUCCUGGCUUCAGUGGUGUAUUAUAAAGGGCAAGAAUAUCCCCUGAAAUAGACAGAUUUAAGAUUUACACUUUGUUGUUAAGAUUUACGCUUUAAGUUGCCUCAAAUGCCCACUCCUCAGGGCGCCUGGGUGGCUCAGUGGGUUGAACCUAUGCCUUCAGCUCAGGUCAUGAUCUCGGUCUUGGGAUCGAGCCUGCUUCCCCCUUUCUCUGUCUCUGACUGCCUCUCUGCCUACUUGUGAUCUCUGUCAAAUAAAUAAAUACAAUCUUGAGGGAAAAAAAAAAAAGGUGCCCACUCCUCCCAAUUAGGAUGACCUUAGAGGAUGCUAAAACCACCACAACCACCCACACUCUGGACAAGAAAAGCACCAAUGGUGACAGUCUUUGGUACCUUGCACAAUUACAUCGUCAUCCAUAUAAAUGGCCUUCUUUGCACUGGGAACCAGAAUUGGCAAGUAGAACCUAGCAAAGGUUAACUGGGAAAUAAAAAGGAAAGAAGCAUUGGCAUAAGAUCAGUCAGUGGCUGUGCGUUUAUUAGAAAUUCCCAGAAUGCUGCUCAUGCCCGUGCAGGAGAUAGCGGAAGGGCUCAAGAACUGCCCCACCUGGGUCCCCCAGGGAGCUACUUGCAGUGCGCCCAAUUACUCGGGCAUUCCAGUCCUUUUCUAAUACAGCUGACCCUUGAACAAUGCAAGGUUUAGGGAUAACAGCCCCCUGACAGUCAAAAAUCCACAUAAAAGGUCACUACCCCAAAACUUGAUAACCUACUAUGGACUAGAAAUCUUACCUAGAAUACAACAGUCAACAUAUUUUAUGUUACAUGAAUUAUAUACUGCAUUGCAAUAAUGUAAGCUAGAAAAAAUGUUAAAAGCAGAGAAAACAUUUACAGUACUGUAUCAAAAAAAUCCAUAUUGAAAAAAUCUGCAUGUAAGUGGACUCCUGUAGUUCAAACCUAUGUUGUUUUAGAGUCAACUAAACUCCCAAGUACAAACAAGGAUGCAGAGAACUCACUGGUUUUACGGAUUCCCCCUGGUCAGGAUCCUCCUUUACUUUCCCUUCCAAAAGUUUAGUGUCAAAAGUCACAAUUUUGUACCUGAUGCUUUUCAAGGUACUGCCGCCGAGCCAGGACCUGAUGAAAAUAAAGCACCAAAUUUCAGUUUUAUAUAACCAUGUCCCCAAGACUACAGCCUUCUCUGUGCCUUCCAAGGGCACAACGUAAGAGGAACCCUGAUGAUGAGAUAGGCGUCUUACAGCCCCUUCACCUAUGCAAACCUUGGUUUCUUCACCAGCAGUGAGGGGACGCCCACCCACGUCCCUGCCUGAAUCAAGAUUCUCUGGUGACGGAUGGUGCUCCCGCUGGGCUGACACUUUCGAUCACUAAACUCCCUGUGGAGUUGAGAACAUCCCAUUACCAUAUGUGGCCCAUACAUGAAGGUGGUUCACAUACAUGAAGAAAAGUCAGAAUAGGAUGGCAGUGAAAGCUAAUUAUCAACAGAGUGGGAAUCACCCCAUUAUGAUAGACUCUAAUUCACUGUAAUGACUAAUUCUUCCAAGUCUAAGGUAUUGUCUCUAAGAAAAGUCUAUAUUUUCUAAGGUACUGUAGGUACUGUACAUUCUUUCUGUAGCUAUUCUAAUGUAGUGUUUGUUUCUACAUUUUAGAUGGUUUGGGAGUUUUUAAAAUAGGGGGUUAAAAAGUCAUCACAAUUUUCUCAACUAAACAUGAACCAUGUAGAAAGCCACAAGGACGGGAAUGUUUCAGAACUUUGGCAACUGGGGCACCUGAGUGGCUCAGUUGUUAAGCCGCUGCCUUCAGCUGAGGUCAUGAUCCCAGGGUCCUGGGAUUGAUCUCCGCAUCCGGCUCCCCACUCAGUGGGGAGUCUGCUCCUCCCUCUCUCUCUGCCUGCCACUCUACCUACUUGUGCUCUCUGUCAAAUAAAAUCUUAAAAAAAAAAAAAAAAAAAAAAACCGUUGACAACUGUUAACCUGUUAGACAAGAUGUUUCUUU